AUGCAGACCGACCUGGUGGUACUUCUAUUCCUCUGCUGCUGUCUCGGCGGGGGGCAAGUGUGCUGCGAUGAACAGUUGGUGUACAAGAUGACGAACAUAGAGUGCCUUGGGAACCCGGAGCGUGUGCAAAAUUUCUCCUGCUAUCUGAAAGCGGUCAACUGGAAUAAGGCCGUCGUCAAUAUGGACUGUUACAUCACUGUACCACUGCGCAAUCCUGUGGUUCGGCUGCAGGUCUUCAAGAGGGACUAUAGCAACAAGUGGCAGCCUUUCCUGAUAGACGUCUCUAUUAACGUAGGCGACGUGAUGUCUAGGAGGAACUUCCUGCCCUACGGUGUCAUCUUCAGGAAGAUAGCCAGGCGUUUCAGCAACCUCAAUGGCUCCUUCCCAAUUUCGGUAUGGGUUGUGGAGGUCCCCUUGAGUAGCUGCUUUUUGAAUAUCCUUUACGUGUAUUUCCGUUUUCAGGGUCAUCUAUACGGUCGGAAUGGGUUCUUGGACCCAUCCUUGGUUCCACCCUUUCCAAUUGGCCUCUAUCAGGUGAGCGGCGUAGUCGUGGAUAGAAAUGCCACCGCCAGCGAGUACGUGGGCACCGUCAAGUUCUUUUUGCAGGCCAUGGAGCCGGUGAAGAGCAAGAAGAGACCCACGUCCAAGAAGCAGUGAGAGAACGUCGGCUGUAUGGGGAAUAAAGCUCAAAAUAAACUUUAAACUAAAAAUGAAUCAUUAUUUUGGAUGGAAUAAAAGACAGUUUCGCUUGGAACAUUUACGCUUGUCACGUUUAUUACGAAACAAAUAUAACACACAGAAAUAAAAGCCAUACUCGUAUUUGCUGAUUUUACCCCAUUGUCAAUCCAAAAUAUUGUACUUGAA